AUGGAGUCUCGUGUAAAUCAGGAGGAGGCUCAGGCUAUCAAAGUUAAAUAUGGUUUUGAAUUUGGUUUUAGUAUGGACUGUCGUGGAGUUAGGAGAGAAAGAGAAUGUGGCCUCAUGUUGUUUUGGAAAAAGAGUUUGAACAUUACUAUCUCUCCAUACUCCUCUAACCAUAUUGGGGGAACAAUGGUGGAUGAAUGUGACAAUCAGAAUUGUUCAUUCAACAGGUGGCAACUGCAGAACUUCUGGGCAGCUAGCAUGGGGCCGUCAAGCUGUAGACAGUUGCGGAUUGGUGGAUAUAGAUUUGCCCCGUUGAAAGUCUGUCAUCUUCCCUGUUAUGGCUCUGAUCACGCGGUGAUAAGGCUCGAGUUGGAAGAAGAUUCUAAUGGCAAAGGGAGGAAAAGGUCUCAUAUCUUUCGGUUCGAGGAAGUGUGGAGCAGGGAUCCAAGGUGUGAAGAUGUUGUAAAAUGGUUAUCGAACAAUUACAGGCUACGGGAGCUCUUUGCAACAUCUUCUUCGGUGAAUAUGCAGGAGCAAAUAAACCCUUUGAAGACUCCUGGACUGGAUGGUCCCCCGAAGCUCUUUUUUCAUAAGUACUGGCAUUUUGUAGGUCCGAAUGUUAGGAGUGUUGUGCUGGAUAUGAUAAACAACGGUAAAGAUUCGUCCAGAAUAAAUGAUACCCACACUUCCCUGAUUCUGAAAUGUAAAAACCCAACCAGGACCAAAGACUUCCAUCCAAUCAUCCUCUGUAAUGUCAUUAUGAAGCUUAUUACAAAGACAAUUGAGGACAUGAUCAAGUGUGUUCUCCCGGGGGUUAUUGACGAGGAAUAA